AUGGACUAUCUACUUAAGCGUCCACCUAAUUUCAUGAAGAGACAACGGAAGCCAUCUGGGAAGUCCAAGAAGGCAAAAAAGGAAAAGUUGGGAGAAACUUCUAGGUCAAUACCUCCAGUCCCUCUGGCUGAUUCUCCAAUCACCUUUCCACCCUUUGAACAACAAAAUCCACCUCUAUCUGACCAACCUCUAACACCACCCUCUGAACAACAAAAUCCACCUCCAUCUGACCAACCUCUAACACCACCCCCUGAACAACAAACAAAUCCACCAUCUGAACAACCACAAACACCACCUCCUGAACAACCAACACCCUCACCCUCUGAACAUCAACCUAGUCCACCACCUGAACAAACAACACCACCUCUCUAUGAUAUUCCCCUGCUACCAACCACUGAAGACAUCAUCAUCCCUACUCAAAAUCCCGUUGACACCAACCCAACACCACCAUCCUCCCCAUCCUCUAACCCUGAACCAGAAACUGCCUUCCCCACAUUAGAAGAAGCAAUAACUUUAUUUGCAGAGUCUUCACUGGAGAAGAUCAAAGAUGCUGGAAUAAGGCUACAUGUUCGCUUGGUCAUAGAGGUUGAGGAAAAGGCUAGAAAGGAAGCAAAAGAGAAAGCUCGCCUGGAAGAAGAGCAACGAAUCCGAGAAGUCGAAGAGAAGGCUAUUGCUGAAGAGGUAACACACAUUACUAUAGAGGAAGCUGCAAAGGCCAACGUUGAUGCUCUGACUCAGGGGGAAUAA